UACUUUACAUUGGUACAUCACAUGAUAUUGUGUUCUGUUGUGCUGCUACCAAAUGAUCUAAAACCCCGGUGGCUAGUCAUGGGCAGCUUGUGUGGACUUUUAACUGAUUUUUGACUGCUAUAUGUGAGGACUGAGGAGUGUACCACGCUGUUUUUUUAUUUCAAGCUAUUUUUAUUGAUAACGAAAGUACCUAGUUCCUACUUUGCUAUGUAGCUGAGUAACGUUUUAUCAGUUGGCAAUCAGGACGCGUCACUAACUUCCUACAAAAACACCGCUAACGGCUACUUAAAUACUGUCAGUUUAACAUCCAAACGGUCAGAUUUCUGUCGCACAGCUGUGACGUUAUUUGGAGCACUUGAUGAAGUUGUGCAGCUUGUGAAGAGGCAGGGUUCACUAUGACAGAGCGGACUCCUCUCCUCCACUACCGCCUCUCCACCAGCGUCAAUGAAUCCGACCCGCGGGUCCCUCCGCCCGGGGACGACCCGGUGCAGCGGCCCGGUACCCCCCGGCAGAGGUCCAGCCAGCAGCGGCAGCCCAAGAAACUCUCCAUCUUCUUCGGUGUGGUGAUCCCGACCCUGCUGUCAAUGUUCAGCGUGGUGGUGUUUCUCAGAAUAGGGUUUGUGGUGGGCCAGUCCGGACUCUACCAGGCCAUUGCCAUGUUCCUGGUGGCCUACUUCAUCAUCUGCAUGACCGUGCUGUCAAUCUGUGCCAUCUCCACCAAUGGAGCCCUGGAUGCCGGGGGCGCCUAUUACAUGAUCAGCAGAGCGUUGGGUCCAGAGUUUGGUGGCAGUAUUGGCAUCAUGUUCUUCCUGGCUAAUGUGUGCGGCAGCGCUCUCUAUGUGCUCGGUCUGGUUGAAGCCAUUGUGGCAACCUUUGGAGUGCCAGAAGACGGGUCUUUGGCCACUUCUGCCUACCAGGUCCUGCCGUCGGGCUACUGGUGGUCUCUGCUUUACGCCACAGGUGUGGGCCUGCUGUGCCUGGUGGUGUGCCUGGUGGGGGCCCACAUCUACGCCAAGGCCACCUUCCUCAUCUUCCUGGUGGUCAUGUUUGUCCUGGGCACCAUCUUCGUCAGCUUCUUUGCCGUAGGCCCUCGCACCAUCAUCUUGCCCGGCUCUGCCACGUUUAACCCGACAGUCAAUGGAACGGGCCCUGUGUUUCCCACCACAGGCAACUUCACUGGCUUCAAGUUGGACACGCUGCUCGGGAACCUGCGGGCGGACUACACUGUGGAUUAUACAACAGGGACCAUGAUGACCUUCGCCACCGUUUUCGCUGUUAUGUUUAAUGGCUGCACCGGCAUCAUGGCCGGCUCCAAUAUGUCAGGUGAGCUGAAGAAUCCCAGUUACUCCAUCCCCCGCGGCACCAUCACCGCCGUCAUCUUCACCUUCAUCAUCUACAACCUGCUCAGCGUGCUGGUGGCCUGCUCCUGUGACCGUGUGCUGCUCCAGAGGGACUACAGCUUCCUCAGAGACAUCAACAUCUGGAAUCCCUUCGUCACCAUCGGCGUCUAUUCCUCCACGCUGUCUGCUGCCAUGAGCAACCUCAUCGGAGCCUCGCGCAUCCUCUACGCCCUGGCCCGGGACGACCUGUUCGGUAAGGUCCUCUCUCCGGCUAAGAAGACGUCCCACAGCGGUAACCCCUGGGUCUCUGUGCUCCUCUCCUGGUUCCUUGUGCAGCUGGUGCUUUUCUCUGGGAAGCUCAACACCAUCGCCAGUAUUGUGACCAUCUUCUUCCUGUUGGUGUAUGCGGCUGUGGACUUGGCCUGCCUUGCUCUGGAAUGGGCCUCUGCACCUAAUUUCAGGCCCACCUUCCGUUACUUCACCUGGCACACGUGUGUAUUGGGCAUCGUGGGCUGCGCCGUCAUGAUGUUCCUCAUCAACGCCAUCUACGCCUCGGCCAGCAUCGCCUUCAUGCUGCUGCUGCUCCUGCUGAUUCACUACCUCAGUCCCACCUCCAGCUGGGGCUACAUCAGCCAGGCUCUCAUUUUCCACCAGGUGCGUAAGUACCUGCUGAUGCUGGACGUGAGGAAGGACCACGUCAAGUUCUGGAGGCCUCAGAUCCUGCUGAUGGUUUCUAAUCCUCGCAGCAGUGUCGGCCUAAUCACAUUCAUCAACGACAUCAAGAAGAGCGGCCUCUACGUGUUGGGACACGUCCAGCUUGGAGAUCUCAGCACUUUACCCUCCGACCCUCUGCAGUCCCAGUACGACUCCUGGUUGUCCCUGGUGGACCAUCUUAACAUCAAAGCUUUCGUCAACUUGACAUUGGCCAAUUCUGUGCGGCACGGGAUCCAGCAUCUACUCUUCAUCUCCGGACUAGGUGGGAUGCGUCCCAACACUCUCGUCCUCGGUUUCUAUGAUGACUCUCUUCCAAAGGACAAGCUGAUUGAUCCGUCGCUCUGUACCAGUCAGUCCACAGAUCCCUCCGGCUCCUUGCAGGAGUUUGAGCAACAACCUCCUCUUUUCCACUUUUCCUCCUUGCGUGGGUCCAGCGACAGGAAGGACUGUGGUGAAAUUGGGGACGGGAAAGUCCUAGGACCCCAGGAGUACGUAUCGAUCAUUGCCGACGCCAUGAAGAUGUUGAAGAAUGUGGUUCUUGCGCGAAACUUCAACAACUUUGACCGAGCCCAGGUCCUCUCUCCGCCCUCGUCCUCUCCGGGGAAGGGAGCUGUGUACGUGGACGUCUGGCCGGUCAACCUCCUGCGGCCGGACAGCUGCAGCUACGUGGAUACCUGCUCUCUGUUCCUGCUGCAACUCGCCUGCAUCCUCAACAUGGUGAGAGCGUGGCGCAAAGCUACGCUCCGCCUCUUCCUAUGCGUGGAGGAAGGGCGAAGCGUGAGAGGCUCAGAAGAGAAGCUGGGCCAGCUGUUGAAAGAGCUGAGAAUUAAAGCCCAGGUCUACUCUGUCCCCUGGGACCAGCAGGUGGCGCUACACUGGCAACGCCAAGGCGAGUGGGGCAAGAAACAGCCGUCACAAUCCCCGAACACCAUUAAGGAAGAGAAGGAAGCAGUCGAGGAAGAGAACGAUGAUGAUUAUGUUAACAGCUUUCCGAGCAACGCCACGCGCCUGUCUGACGAUUACCUUUCAGCUGUCAACAAGCUGAUCCUGGACUCCGCCACGCCCGCCCCGGCUGUGCGUUUCCUUUACUUGCCCCGCCCCCCAGCUGACACCCGCCGCUACACCACCUACUUACACCAGCUGGAGCUGCUGACUCAGGACCUGGGUCCAACGCUGCUCAUCCACGGCGUCACGCCCGUCAUCACCACUGACCUUUGAACCAUCCGGACACAUUCUGUGAUUUACCAGACGGUGCUCUCUGAAGGUGUGUGGACCACUUAGAGUGCAGUCUCACUGUAGACGUCAGCAGUGAGACUGACCUCUCUGCCCAAUAACAGACGCAGGACAAGAAAACAUCUAUCGAAAUUUGACCCAGACAGUGAGUCACUGCUGACUCAUCGUUACCACCUGCACUGCCUCACACGUGGCACCACAAAGUCUCUAGAGACAGAAAAUGAAGACCGGAUAUUAUAUUUGCCCAUUUAGUAUCACAAAAAUCCUGACUAUCUGCAUAUUUAACCUUUCUUUCUUUUUGUGUGUAGGUCUGGUAUUCCCAUUAAGCUUCUGAAGGCACAACAACUUUUAGGACAACCACUGUCGCAAUUUAAGCAUGAACUAAUCAGACGAUUCAAUUCAUCCAAGUAAAGUUAACAGCUUUUCACAGAACCUGCCAAACUCAAGCCUGUCAGAACCCUGGUCAAAUGGUCAGGCCCACAGGGGGAAAUUUAUGUUUCCAUACCGCCUCCGACUCUCCAUAUUAGCUCCUUUUCCAUACACGUGUGCUAGCACGGCUUGACUCGGCUUGACCUGAUUUGAGUGAGCGCGUCAGUCUCCAUUACAACAGGGCCACCCGUUAGAAGGUGUAUCUGCUGUAAAACAGUGGAUAAACACAUUUCAUUUCCAUAUAUUCCAUGCAAAGAAAGUCCCCCUGUUAUCAGCAGCUCAUCCAACAUGUCACUCUUCCUCCCUGCAGUAUUUGUAGACUAAAGACCAGCCAGGUACAAAGCUAUCCUAUUUCAGUGAUCAUAGCAGUUCAUGUCCCAUAAAGUAUUCCCAAGUAUUUAUUCUGCUAUUUAAAAGCUUUUAUUAUAAAGCAGCAGAAUCAGGAAGCGUAAGGUUUUCAUCAGCAGCAUUUUAACAAGACCUAUUAAACAGCAACACAACAACCCAGAGUUGUGAAAUUAAGCAGAUAUCCUAAAGUACAAACGGGAGGAAAUGAAAUUCAAACCACAGAGAUUCAGUUGGAAGUACUGAGAACUGAAGAAACGGAGACUUUCGUUGAGUCCUGAUCCAUUCUAGCCUGAAUCUGAAGUACCCUCUGACCCCCCUUAUUCUUUUCCUGCCAUGUUUUUUGGCGUGCUGCUGCUCAGAUUCCUUUAAAUGACCAUUCCAUAUGCCUUCAGAUCAAAAAGUGCCUUGCUAGUUAUUGAGCUAAAGCUUGGACUCAUUCCAUCACGGACAGAAAGUUGGACUGCCUUACACCUUGGAGCAGUCAUUUGCAGGAAAUCUGCUUUUCCAUUUUAGGAGCUUUUGUACAAAGGAAACAGUUAAUACAGUCACAGCGACGGUGCUCCUAUAGAAGUCUUAAAAGUUUUAUUCCAAAAAAAUUAUUUUAUGUGGGAUCUCAGGAAGACAUUCCUCUUUUUCCAGACGCACUUUUGUCCUUCCUCGACCAAACUGCAUGUUGUGCAGCUCUUCAAAAGUCCUUAAACAUGUUUACAGCACCAAAAACUGUGAUUUUCCACAAGAUUUUAUUGAUUUUUUUUUUUCAAUGUAUUGUUAGGUACUCUGUAACUUUUAGAAAUGUUUUACUCAAUAGUGACCACAUUGCUUCACCAGCCUCAAUUCUGAAGUGCCGAAAUGUAUUUUACUAUUUUCUCAAAUGUGCAGCCUCAAAGUUUUAGUAACAUUUAAGGUGAACCUGUGUAACUUUUCCUAUAAAGUGGUGUUAACGGUU